UCGUUCACUUUUGAACUAUACAUCAGAAGUAGACAUUGUUGUCACAUUUUCGUCACCUAGAAGCAGUCAAUUUAGUGAUACUACUUUCGUGUAUUUACUGGAUUAAAUAAGUUUGAAGUAAUAAAAUCAUAUUUGUCAGUGCUUAAAUUGUGAUAAUCCAUCGAGAAAGUGUCAAUACUUCAGUUUUUUAAAGAUAAUUCACAAUAUGCUCAAGAAUCUAAACUUGGUUCUUCCAAUUGGAUAAUCUACUAGAACCUGUUGCCGCUAUAGAACUCCAAGACUCAAGAUGAAGAAUAUCCAGUUUCAUCUUCGAUUUAUAAAACAUGGUCUAGAUAUUUUUUAGUGUUUGGCUGAUGUAGUCAAUAUCAAAAAAGUGAUGUAGUUAGCUCUAUAUCUAUGUUAAAAUAAUACUAUUGGUGCCAUAGAAUUGUGUUACUUUAAUUAUCAAUUAUUUUUUAAAUAUUCAUUCAUUGUCAUUUCACAAUGAAGUAUAGUUUUAAUAUCUAUAAUCUAAUACAAGCUCUUCUGCAAUAGUGUGAACUCUAUGAAGUUAAAUAAAAUUUCAACUUUACAUAGACCUAUACAAUUGAGUUGUAUCAAAAAGAGUGAAGAAUUUGAGAUCGCACUUGAAAUAGUUGAAGCCUAGAGCCCAUGUGGGCAUCACCCUUAGAAUAAAAUGAUAAAGUCUUCAAUCUAGCAAGUUAUUACGACGAGAGUUGAAUGUGUUGUUACUCCUCCAAUCCUAAGAUGGCAAAAACUUUAGUGUUUUCAGAGUAUUUUCGACACGUAUCUCCGAUACUUGUGUGUGAAAUUUCAAUUGCAUGCCGGUACCUUUAUUCACUGAUAUAAAUACAAAAAUACCUGGUAAAAACAACAAUUUAAGUAUGUACACUUUGAUUGUCUAUAGUGUAGUUUCAAUAAUCCUGUAGGAUCUGUGAAAUACUGGGUGAACCCCAAACUUCAAUAAAACAAUAACUAAUUAGGCUACACUAGUUAGAUUUCAAUGGUUUCUGUGAAAUUAUGGAUGCAGCAAGCCCACAUGAAUUGUUUGUAAAAAGAUUGAUUGAUUUUUGUGUAAAAUGAUGGAGACAGUGGAAGUGACCGAGCACCGCUCCAACCCGGAACUACUUCCGGUGCAAAUCGUGUCCUCGGAGGGCGGCAGGGUGGAGGUGAUUUCCAAGAUGGCGCCGAACCCCGGACAUAUGACGCCGGAUAUGAUGACCGCUACCCAAUACAUCAACCUGCACCGACUACCGGAACACAUGAACAAGGUGAUAGUAACCGAUCCGAUAUCGGGCGAUCUGAUCGCUCAUCACGUGGACCUGACCUCGGCGAGCGGAGGCGAGUUCGCACCUCACGCACACUACUAUGACACCGAAGAACUCCUGGCGCACGGUCUGACCGCCGAGGAAGAACGCCGGAUCGCCGCCGAAAUUGUCGCCGUGCAACUGAAGCAGGGCGGUGGAACGCUGGUGACCGCUCAAGACCUCCUGAACGCCAAAACGCUGACCUCUCUGAGUACGGUCAGCAUGGACGGUCAGAAAGCGGUCUACAUACAGACGGUGGAGGAUGUUGACAUGCACAACUUGCAACAGCAGGAGAACGCCGAACGCGGCGCUAUCAUGAAGAUCUAUCCUCAGCAACAACAGGAGAUGCAGGUGCUAACUAGGACUCAAUCACAGCAACCUUUGCCUCCGUUGAAGAAAGUAUUGUCCAGUCAGUCAAUGAUGAUUCGCAACAAAUACAACGAAACUCCUGGAAUUAUGGUCGAAUUACACAACUCGCACUGUUGGAACAAAAGAGCUCUGGAAGAAGGUUUCAACCAACUGGAAAUUGGCUCUCAGAAUACAGGACUCACCAUAAAUGCAAACAAGACAAAAUACAUGUUCAACAGCAGGAUAGAUGGUCAAGAAAACGAAAGGCAACUAGUGAUGGGCAAUAGUAUCUUUGAAAGAGUUGACGAAUUCAAGUACUUAGGUGCUAUGAUAACACAUAGAAAUGAAGUGCAGGACAACAAUAGCUGCAUCAAAGCGGAACACCACUUAGAAGACGCGGCGGCCACACAGCAGGUUGUGAUGACAACCACCAGCACACCAACACCAACCACCACAACGCUAGCCCCGCCCCCUCAUCCUCCGCCAUUACUAGCCCCACCUCCUCAUCCGCCCCCUCUAACCACUGCCCACACCUCAGCGUCAUUGGCCCCGCCCCCUCUAGCCUCAAACCAUCAUCCUCCGUCACUUGCCACCACCCACAACUCGGCGCCAUUGGCCCCGUCUCCCCACCCUCCGUCACUGGCCCCGCCCACCGACGAAUCAGAGGAGGAGGAGGACGACGGUGAGAGUGCGCGCGCAGCAUCCAGGAAGUCUCUGCCGCACAAGAAGCGUUUUCCGCGCAAACUGAAGGCAACGCCCACCAGCGGCGCGAGAGUGGGUGCGCAGAAGACCUACAAGUGCAGCAAAUGCGGAGAGAGCUUUAGUACGCAACAUUUGUUGACUGCGCACAGGUCCGUACACACGGGAGCGCCAAUCAAACAACGCUCGUUCAACUGUGAACUGUGUCAGAAUAAACAGUUUGCCACGCAGUUGAAGUUUUUCGAACAUCUGAAGGGUCACUAUGAACCAGCUGCGGUGGGGGAAGGGGUGACUGAGGGUGGGGCUUCCAAUUUGGAAAUGCCGCCAAUUCAGGAUGCCAAUACAAUGAUCGCUGAUGCAAAGAACGAUCAUGUCACUCAACAGCAGCAGCAACAGCAACAGUAUGUAGAAGAGCAACCUCUGGCCGCGCCGGUCAAAACAGAACUGCUCACCUGUCUGCAGUGCGGCAGGGGCUUCAAGCGGCAGAAGGCAUUGGCUGCGCACCAUGCCAUUGCGCACGCUCCCCCACCACCGCCCCUGUUGGCCACGCCGUCUCCCCAGCCACGCCCCCUUCACGACAACAUGGCCGCUGACGAGUCCGUACACACGGGAGCGCCAAUCAAACAACGCUCGUUCAACUGUGAACUGUGUCAGAAUAAACAGUUUGCCACGCAGUUGAAGUUUUUCGAACAUCUGAAGGGUCACUAUGAACCAGCUGCGGUGGGGGAAGGGGUGACUGAGGGUGGGGCUUCCAAUUUGGAAAUGCCGCCAAUUCAGGAUGCCAAUACAAUGAUCGCUGAUGCAAAGAACGAUCAUGUCACUCAACAGCAGCAGCAGCAGCAACAGCAACAGUAUGUAGAAGAGCAACCUCUGGCCGCGCCGGUCAAAACGGAACUGCUCACCUGUCUGCAGUGCGGCAGGGGCUUCAAGCGGCAGAAGGCAUUGGCUGCGCACCAUGCCAUUGCGCACGCUCCCCCACCACCGCCCCUGUUGGCCACGCCGUCUCCCCAGCCACGCCCCCUUCACGACAACAUGGCCGCUGACGAGUUCAGCGAGCCCGAGGACAUGAUGGAGGGCAUCCGCCAUGUUGUCAACAUGCCGGCUGUCGACAGUGGCGAUGAGGAGCAUCAUCUUGAUGACAAGAUCAGGUGGCGAUACCAGUUGAAAGCGUCGUCAAUUUACAGGUCGAUUCCAGACAUGGGCGAAAUGGAUCUGCAGGACAUGCACACACUGCAAGCAGCAGCCCAGCCCCUGGCCCCUGCUGUGGAAGAGGGGGCAGCCAAGGGGGUGGCAUCUGAAAAGGGGGGCGAGAAGCGGCCCCCACUCACCUGCCUCGAGUGCAACCGAGUGUUCAACCACCGCAACUCGCUGCUCUACCACCUCAGGUCGCACUCCGGUGUCCGGCCGCAUCAGUGCGACAUCUGCGGCAAGGGAUUCAUAUCGGGCAGUGCUCUCAAGGUGCAUAUGCGGCUGCAUUCCGGGGCGAAGCCGUACAAGUGUGAGCACUGCAACCGACAAUUCAGGCAGUGGGGAGACCUCAAGUACCAUGUCACCUCGUUGCACUCCGACCAGAAGCAGUUUCAGUGCGAGUAUUGCGGCAAGGACUUUGCUCGGAAGUACUCGCUGAACGUGCACCGUCGCAUUCACACCGGCGAAAAGAACUACGAAUGCGAGUUUUGCGGCAAAUCGUUCAGAGCUUCGUCCUAUUUGAAAAAUCACAGACGGAUACAUACAGGCGAAAAGCCACACGUUUGUGACCUGUGCGGCAAACCGUUCCGUGUGAGGUCAGAUAUGAAACGACAUCGACGCACUCACACCAAAGACCAGGCAGGCAACGAAAUCAUCGUCCAAGGUGGCGAAGAGGAUGUGGACGACCCUAGGGUAGCUCCACACCAGGCGCACAUAGUCGAAGGCGAGGAUCACAGUCCGGAAAUUAUUCUGCCCGACCAGGCGCCGCACACACCGCUCAACCUGAACAUGCGACAGGCGGGGACAGAUGGAGAGGGGGGUGAGUUGGUUUACACGACAGCGGCGGCGAGUCGAAGCACUCACAGUGUCGACAGCAGAGAUGGAACGCUCUAUGUGUGGAUACCAGCCCCACCUCACUCCAUACUCUCUGAUGAGUAGUGCAACUUGAACCAUUCAUUCAUUAUUAAUAUUAUUAUGAAUUCAACUGGAUUAAAUCCACAUCAAGUCUGGUUUGUUAUAAUACAGGGCGUUUCGGGGUUACGAAAAUUCACUACAGGAAGCUUAUUAGAAUAUGUAAGUUGUAUGUAUGUGCAGAUGCACAUUUCGGGAUACAAUAGUAGGCCUAUUUUAUGCCACAAGGAUGGGUCCCUUGAGUGCGAGAAUGUUGUUUCUAGUGGAGGCGUUAGCCGAGCACUGCAAAAGACAUUCACGUCCAAGUAACGUACACUAUUUCUAAAUCUAAAGAAGAAUAAUGGAGAAAUAGAUAACAUAACCUGCUUGUGCUGAAGUUACUACAUGCAUUCUAUAAACAUAUCCUAGUUUACAAAUUCCGAAUCAGGAAUUUUGUGGAAAUUGACAAAACAUCCACCUGGAGCCCUGAAGGUGUUUUUUUGUAGCAGUUUUGCUGUUCCAAAUUCGGAACUAGGAAACAUACUCGACUGUAAAGAAAACAUAUGAUUUUAUCACAGUAUAGUAUGCUGUAAUGAGAAUCAUAUGUUUAUUUGUUCUACAAUCAGCUGUUUACCGGCUUUAUUGGAAACAGCUGAGAUUGGAUGACUAUGACAAAAACAGUUUUUUUUCAACAGCUAUAAUUAUGUUGAAUGUAUGCUCCUUUGGUGACGGGGCAUACGUGAACACGAAAGUCUAGCUCUUGCCAAACACGCCCUAACAUGCAUUGAUUAUGGCGUGAGGUAGGUAGAUAGAUAGAUAUACAGAGCCAUGAGCUGAUUCCUCACAUCAAUAGAAGAAAAAAAAAUCAUCUUAACAGCCAACAAAUACCCGUAGGGCAGGGGAACUGAAAUUCAGACGAAAUCUUUCACCCUGUAUAACUUGCAAACUAAGCAUUUUCGGACCUAUGUCAAUUAGAACUUUUUUUCUUCUAUUGAUGUGAGGAAUCACCCCCUGACUUAUGGGCACCUUUUUACAGAACACUCUGUAUAUUACGUCUGGUUGGCUUCAACGGCGUCAGACAAGUCAAAGUGCUAGCAAAAAGCAAGACACCAUUAAUGUUUCAUGAAACUUAGAUCUAGUAUAUGUAUAUAGUUACUAUUUGUCUUUGACUCUAUUACAGUAGUCAAAAUAGUCCUUCAGACUAUAAAAGCAUUCCUUUAGCAAUAAUUUCAAACUUGGUUUAAACUCACAAGGUCUGGUGAUGUUGGUGGCCACAGCAAAAGUUGUUGGUGUUCCUCAGACGCGCGUCUCAGUUGAUGUCCGCUUGCACUAGCAACCAGUUUCGUUGGAUUGUUUAUACCAUGCACGGAUUGAAUUGUCACUUGGUGGAUCCUUAUGAAAUUUUAACCGAAACGCACGUUGCACAGUAAUUGCCGACUUUGUCGAGUGAAAUUCUAAAGGUGCGUACAGAUAUACGCGCCGCGAA